CACUGGUCACGGACCACCGGAAGCAGCAGAAACCGGAAGCUGCUAGCAGAGCUAGCUUGUUGUUGUUGUGGUGUGUGAGGAGAAGAUUUGAGGCUCUGCAGUAAAAAUGUCUUCACUUCAGUCUCUGGGAGAGUUGAUCAGCUAAAGCGACUAACUGCUGCUGCUGCAGAAAUCUUCUCACCAGGCUGUGGAAACUUUCUUCUCCUCCUCAACAACUUGGUGGAGUUCUUUCCAGAAGCAGAGAAGCUAUUCUGCGGUCUUCGUGACAAUCGGAGCUCCAGAAGCAGGUGAUGGAUUGAAGAGGUUCCCUCUAUCAGACUCGCUCAUCUGAGUUGGUCAUGAUGCAGGAUCGCUGCUCGCUCUCUCAUCCAUCCUGCUCACACUCUCCGACGGAAAAGGCCCGAAUCUGAAUGUGACUCUGGAGGAAAAAGCGGUUAGCUCUACUCCGUGAACUCUGCUGUUAGCUAAACACGGCUAAAGAAAACCUGCUACCACUUCAGGAUCAUCCAUCAGCUGGGACUGCUUCAUCAGCAUGGACACAGAUGUUCCACAGCUGGUGCUGGUUAAAGAAGAAGCUCCUGGUGAGGACCAGCAGGACCCAGAACACCUCCACAUGAAGGAGGAACAGGAGGAGCUCUGGACCGGUCUGGAGGGAGAGCAGGUCCAUCUGAAGGAGGAGCCUGAAGCUGUCGGGUUUCCUGUUACUGCUGCUUCUAUAAAGAGUGAGGAUGAUGAAGAGAAACCUCUGGUCUCACAGCUUCAUCAGCAGCAGAUAGAAGACAGAGAUGUUCCAGCCUGCAGCUCAGCUGGUGGAGGAGCAGGAACUAGCAGGAACCCAGGUCUGAACCAUCAUGAACAAACAUCUGAUUCUUCAGAGACUGAAGUUAGUGGAGAUGAUGAUGAUGAAGAUGAAGAUGAUGACUGGAAUGAGAGCAGGUCUUCUGAGUCUGAUGUUUCAAGGAAGAGAGAAGAGACGGAUGAGAAACCUCUGCUCCUACAUUUCCACAACCAUCCAAUGAAAGACGGAGGUGUCCCAACCAGCACCUUGGCUGGGCAAAUGACAGCAAAAGUUGGUGGAGGAGCAGAAACUAGCAAGAACCUAGAUCUGGACCCUAAUGAAAAGACAUCCGAUUCUUCAGACAUUGAAGUUAGUGGAGAAGAUGAAGAUGAUGUGAAUGUAGACUUUGUGCGUUCAGACUCUGGGCCUGAAACUGGAAACGGAGACCAUGGCUGUAAUGAGAACAAGUCUUCGGAGUCAGAUAUUAAGACAGUCAACAAAUCUUUUAGCUGCCCUGUGUGUGGUAUACGGUUCCUCCACAAGUGGUCUCUUCAGGAACAUGUGAGAGUGACAAGUCAUUCAGCAGUAAAGUCUUCAGAGUGUUUGGUUAAUACAAAAUGUGUGAAAGAGAAGCAACAUGGAGACUCAUGCAGAAAAGUCCAGAAACAACCAAAAUCAUUUAGUUGUGAUGACUGUGGGAAAAGAUUUAGCCAAACGUCCUGUUUAACCCAUCAUAUGAAAGGCCACACCGGAGAAAAGCCUAUUGCAUGUGAGCUCUGUGGGAAAAGAUUUAGCCAUAAAAAUACUUUAAACACACACAUGAGAGUCCACACAGGAGAGAAGCCUUUUGCCUGUGAGCUCUGUGGACAAAGAUUUAGCCAUAAAAAUAAUUUAAACACACACACGAGAGUCCACACAGGAGAGAAGCCUUUUGCCUGUGAGCUCUGUGGAUACAGAUGUACACAAAAGGCAAGUUUAAACACACACAUGAAAGUCCACACAGGAGAGAAGCCAUUUGCCUGUGAGCUCUGUGGACAAAGAUUUAGCCAUAAAAAUAAUUUAAACACACACAUGAAAGUCCACACAGGAGAGAAGCCUUUUUCCUGUGAGCUCUGUGGACAAAGAUUUAGCCAUAAAAAUAAUUUAAACACACACAUGAAAGUCCACACAGGAGAGAAGCCUUUUACCUGUGAGCUCUGUGGACAAAGAUUUAGCCAUAAAAAUACUUUAAAUACACAUAUGAGAGUCCACACAGGAGAGAAGCCUUUUGCCUGUGAGCUCUGUGGAUACAGUUGUACCCAAAAGGCAAGUUUAAACGAUCACAUGAAAGUCCACACAGGAGAGAAGCCUUUUGCAUGUGAGUUCUGUAGAUACAGCUGUACCAAAAAGUCACAUUUAAACACACACAUGAGAGUCCACACAGGAGAGAAGCCUUUUGCCUGUGAGCUCUGUGGACAAAGAUUUAGCCAUAAAAAUAGUUUAAACAGACACAUGAGAGUCCACACAGGAGAGAAGUCUUUGCCUGUGAGCUGUGUGGACAAAGAUUUUUGCUGAAAGACAAAUUUAAAGAGACAUUCGAGCAUCCACACAAAACUCGAGGGAUUUAUUUAACAACAAUACUUCCAAACGUACUAUUUAGUAUUUUUACAACUUUAAUGUCAGUCUUGUACCUCUGCUCAACUAUCGUUGAUCAAAUCCUUACUCGGCUCUUGAGCCGCCUCUUCUUUUGAUUUUCAUUUUCAAAUCUCCUUUGUUUUUUAAACUCAGACCGUAACCAAACAUUUGAGAUGAUCAUUCAUGAAUUCUGAAUACAAAAAAAUAUUACCUAAAGAUUAAGAAAAAACUUUUAUACCCUCCUGUAUUUAAGAAACAGACAACAGGCACAUGAUAGUUGUAGUACAUAACCCACUGCAAUUUAGAGCUGUUAGAAACCGUUGACGUCUGCUUUAAACAAUUUAUCUGUAUAUAAAAUAAUAGCAUACAAUGUUGUAAUAACUGCAGCUUAAAAAGAAUGUGUCUUUAUUCAUUUGGAGACCCUAAGAAGAAAUCCAUCUUAAAGGCUGUGGAGAGACAGCUGGGACUGUUGUCAAGAAGUCAUAAAUUACAAGCGGCUCUGUGGAGACUCCAUUCUCCUACAAUAGCAUUUUGCUAUUCUAAGCAGGCUUAGGAAUGUGCCUGUACCAGAGUUUUUAGGGAUGCUGUUGUAGAGUUAUAAGCAGUGGACAGAUGCCGGAAAGACGGAACCACUUUUGUGCUGCAUGGUUCUCCACCGGUGUACCGAUGCUUGUAUUAACAUGUACUAGAUUGUAAUAAACCGGUUAUCUUUUUAACUCAAA